UUAUAGAAUAUCAACGUUUAUUAUUUUACUAUUUCUUUCACUACUUUACGAUUUUAUGAUUAAAAUUACGCGGUUUCAAUGGAUAUAGAAGCUAAGUCCGAUGGAGUUACUUUCUGAUGUCGUGAGAGCUAGCGGAUAAAAAUACUUUCUAGACGCAAAAUCGACCUCACAAAAGCAAGUUGCUUUACAAACUUUGUUACGUAUAACUUCUCCGACUCACGCAACAUUAGAGAUUUGAUGCGCGCAAGCGCAUUUUCUAAUGGCAAGUUUAUCUUAUCGCGGACUUUUACUUCAACGAUCAGUCCUGAUUUGACUCGCGGCUUACCUGUUUCGCAGCUAGUACAACAUUCUCCGGUCCAAUCAAACGUUAGAAUAAAGUAACUUUUGCAUAGCAGAGUUGCAAAGCGAUCUUCACAAUGUGCGAGGUGCCACACAACAACCAUUACCAGAACGACAUUAAGAAUAGUUUGCAACUAACUCGCAACAUUUUAUCCUUAAUCGGUGUUUGGCCAAAUUUCGAUGGAAAAAGGUCUGCUUGCGAGAAAAUUAAAAAGUUCCUACGAAUUUCUAUCUUAAACGCUAUUCUUUAUUUCGGUCUGGUGCCCAGCACGCUUUAUUGGAUAUUUGAAAAGAGAUUUUUUGUUCGAAUUCGUUUGAUACCGCUUCUAAUCUACGGUCUCAUGAGUUUAAUCAAAUAUUAUGGUUUGAUAAAUCAAGAAGAUCACAUCAAACACUGUGUGAAGUUCCUCGAAGAGGAUUGGAAGUAUAUCGACAACGCGGGCGCAAGAAACGCCAUGUUAAAAUUCACGAGGAUUGGAAAGCGUUUGGCUGCGAUUAGUGCAAUCUUUUUAUACAGCAGUGGACUUGCGUUUCGAACAUUGAUACCUUUGUCCAGAGGGAAGAUUGUAACCCCACAAAACAUUACGAUCAGACCUUUACCCUAUCCAACUUAUUUUUUUUCAUUCGAUGAUCAAUGCAAUCUGAUCUACUAUACAUUGGUAUAUGCGUUGCAUACUUUAGCCGGGGUAAUCAUUAUGUCGAUCGCGACAAGUAUAUAUGGUCUCAUCAUUGCCUUCGUAAUGCAUGCUUGCGGCCAGUUGAAAAUUUUAGUAAAUUUACUAGAAGUUUUCGUUGAAAAGGAACAACAAGACGGAUUAGAGGUGAAUAAGAAACUAGGUGUUAUUGUAGAGCAUCAAAUACGAAUACGCAGCUUUCUGCAGCUGGUGGAGCGUACUCUUCAUUUUAUGAUUUUUAUUGAGAUAUUAGGGGGUACAAUAAUAAUUUGUACUGUGUGUUAUUGCAUACUAAUGGAAUGGGAAUCUAGUAAUUCAAUAGCAAUAACCUCUUAUUUUAUUACAUUUUCUACUGCGGUAGUAAAUACGUUCCUAUUCUGUUAUACGGGCGAGCAGCUUAUUACGCAGACGGAGAAGGUAGCCAUCACAUCUUGCGAACUCGAGUGGUAUCGUCUUCCGGAUAAGAAGGCACGUGGAAUCGUUUUAGUGAUGAUUAUGUCUAAUAUGCCGAUGCAAAUUACUGCUGGUAAAAUCUUCGUCCUAUCAUUCAAGACAUUUGGCGAUAUUCUUAAAACAGCUGUGACUUAUUUUAAUAUGCUUCGAACUGUAACGAACUGAAUCUGCUUUUGUGACAGAAUCUAACGAACAAACAUGGAUGCAAGAUAUGUAAUAAUAAUAUCACAUUAAUUAAUCAACAUUACAUUUCAUCAAUAGCUAUGAUGCACUUCAAAUUUUCCUAUCAAAAUGAAUGUGAUAAGCAAAUGAUAUUCUGCGAAUUUUUGGAAAAAUGAAACCAAAAAUGAAAAAUGUAAUUCUGCUAUUUUUAGAAAAAGUGUUUGUAGUUGACUAUUAAAUUGAGUACCAGAUUUAUUGGUACCGAGUAAAUUAUUAGUUAUUGUAAUGUAAAACUCCACGAGGUAGAAGAGGUAUGAUUAUUUGAAAGUUACUUCGGAUAUAUAUAGAACGUCUGUUUCAGUCUUUCCCUUUGUAUUAAAAUUUCUUGUCUGAUAGAAAGUC